GUUUUCUUAUAAUAACAAGUGUCUAAAUCUAAACAGACAAAUCAUACACCAAAAUUCAAUAAAUACAUAAAAUUUUAAACCUGCCCAUGGCAUAUUUUGUCAAUAAUUCUAUUCAUACAAACCGGCAGCACAACUUUUUCACUCUAAUUACUUAGAUAAGUAAUUUAACGAUGUUCGAACACAAAAGAAGACCUUCAAGUUAUUGAAAAGUUUCUAUUUACUCAUGAUCGCAAUAACCUCCAUAAAUUCCAUCAAUUUUUUGUUAAAAAUAUUUCAAAUAUUAUCAGAGUUUCAAUUAUGGGAAAUUAUGUAGGAAAUUUAAUAAUAUGUGCCCUUGUGUUUUUAUCAAUUGGAGUAAUUUAUGGUACGACACAAAUAGUCAAAUCAUUAACUGAAAAUCAAAGUGAACUAUUUAAUGCUGGUUCGUAUAACUGGAUCAUAAGAUUGAGUCUUAAUUUACUAGGAUAUGCAACUAUUUUAUUACCUGGAUAUUUAAUUUAUAAGUAUGUUAGACACAGCAAGUACCUGCAGCGAACUGGAACUGGGAUUAUAUCAAAAUUAAUUCAUAAAUGUAUAUCAGGAGGUGGGGAAUCUGGUCUUCUUGAUACAUCUGAUUACAUUCCGGCAGCUAAACCUCAACAAGAUAAUUUUAUUAAAAAUGAUACAUUUUUACUAGCGUACUGUUUUUUCGGCCUGCAAAUAAGUUAUUUAACAUGGGGAUAUUUUCAAGAAAAAAUAAUGACUCAAGAGUAUGUAAGCAGUAAUGGGGAGAAGGGACAUUUCAAAGAUUCACAGUUUCUAGUGUUUGUAAAUAGAAUCCUCGCAUUUACAGUAUCAGGCCUAUAUUUAUUUAUAAUAAAACAGCCGCGUCAUAUAACGCCACUGUACAAAUAUUCAUAUUGUUCUUUAUCCAACAUACUGAGUAGUUGGUGCCAAUAUGAAGCACUAAAAUUUGUUAGUUUUCCAACUCAGGUAUUAGCCAAAGCAUCAAAAAUAAUUCCUGUAAUGAUAAUGGGUAAAUUAGUAUCGCGCAAAACCUACGAGUAUUAUGAAUACGUAACCGCUGCUCUGAUAUCUGUCGGUAUGACAUUAUUUAUGUUAGGAAGUGCUGAUGAUGUCAAUGAUAAAGUAACAACAAUAUCAGGUGUUAUUUUACUUGCCGGUUACAUGGCGCUCGAUAGUUUCACAAGUAAUUGGCAAGAAGCUUUGUCUAAAGAAUACGGACCAACGAGUAUCCAGAUGAUGUGUGGGGUCAAUUUAUUUUCUUGCUUACUAACAGCGACUUCAUUGUUACAGCAAUCGGGAUUUACUAAUUCUGUUUGUUUUCUUAUCAAGUUCCCUACUUUUGUAAUUGAUUGUUUACUCAUAUCAAUAUGCUCCGCAACUGGCCAGUUAUUUAUAUUCUACACAAUAAAAAAAUUCGGAGCUGUUACAUUUUCAAUAAUUAUGACAAUACGUCAGGGAUUAGCAAUACUGCUGUCAUGUUUCAUAUACGACCACCAAAUAACAAUAUACGGAGUGAUUGGAAUACUUAUUGUAUUCGGUUCAAUAUUUUUACGUAAUUACUGUCGCAACAGAGUGCGCGCGUUAAAGAAACACCGAACUGAAAAUAUAAAUAUAAAAGAUUAAUUAUUAAUUAUUAAUAUUUUUUAUCAUCGGUAUAGUAAAUUAUUUUAAAUCGACUAACACUUCGAAACAGAUUUAUAUAUAUAUAUACAUAUAUUUACAUAUAUAUUUUUAUAAUUUUAUCAAGCAUGUGCUUUAUACAGCAACUGUAAUAAUUAAUCAUAAUUCAGGCGGUAAUUUAAAUUAAUCAGACAAUAAUAGAAUUUAAAUUUUAAUUAUUUUAUAAAUUCAGUACUUAUUCAGUUUUUUAAAAAUUAUUUCUACACUUUGCUUACCUGUUUAUUUAUUUAUUUUUAAAAUAGGUUUUUUUAUUUAUAUUUUUUUUAGCUGAAAAAAAUGUACAAAUUUUUAAAUAAUUAAUAUUUAAUAAUUACUCUAAAAAAAAAAGGUACCUACGGAAAAUAAAGCAAAACAAUCGUGCAAAAUAAAUAAGGAAAGGGAAUUACAAGCUUGUGUUCAUUUGCAAUAUAACGUAAUUAAAUAUAAUUUAAAAUACCAAUUAAUUUUUAUUAGCCAAUUGAUAAUCAAUUAAAAAGUAACAUGCACGUGACAUGUUUGUACAGUAGAUACAACAAUACGAUAAUUGAUAAUUGAUACUUUAUCAUUAAUCAUAAUCAUUAAUCAUCGGCGAUAAAUAAUUGAUCAUCGAUGUGAAAAUAAUAUUUGUCUAAAAUAUAUUUAAAUUAAAACCAGAUAUAGUUAAGUUUUAAUGUCAAGUUAAUAAAAUAAAAUGGAAUAUUAAUGUUAUAAAUAAAUAUUUUCGUUUAUUGACUAUUAGAUUUAUAUGUAAAUAUAUAUAGUACUCAAAAAUACACAUGAUUAAUAAAUUAAUAAAAUAAAGGAUUUAAAUUAAAUUUCUACUCUAGAUCUCAUAAAUAAACCAAAGGUCGUAGUUUCAAAUUAACAUCCGAUGAUGCUUGGAAUGAUUUGUAAUGAAAUAAAUGAGUGAAAUUUAUUAAGGA